AUGAAAGACCGAAAAUUUUGUAAAAAGAAGAACAAUCUUCAAAAAUAUUUUAUUCAAGACAGAAUAGAAAUGGUUCAGAGAGGACCCAAAACUAGAAAAAGACUUUAUAAUAUCACAAUGACUAAGGAUUCUCCUGAGAUGGAGACCUAUUCCAGAUUGCUGUCACAUCUGCAAGAAUCAUGUAAACAAAAAAAGGCUGAAAUUUAUGAUGAAUUCAUAGCUGAUAUUGCCAUCCUUUUAUCCAGCAAUUCAGAUAUAUUGAGGCUGAUAGAAAAUGAUUUGAAAUAUAUUCUUCCUUCAGUACUAUUGUAUUCAGUGUAUAAAGAUGUAGGAGUUAGAAAUGCAGCUAUCAAAUCUUUCGAUACAUUCACCAAUAUUGUAAAUAAGAAGCCAAGUAUUAAAAAUGAACCAUGGUAUAAAGAUAUGGAAUGUACCCUAAUUGCACAAGAGUUUAGUUCUCAUCUUAUAAAACUGGUAGAAGUGACUGAUAAUACCUGGCCCCACAUCUGGUCAUUUGUUAUAAGUCUAAUUGUACAUGAUGAACAAGUUCAUGGAGUGGCUAUAAAUUCUUUAUUGAAAGUUGUUGAAAUUGCAUUUAAGCUGUCGAGGAAAUUUGAAACUGUAUUGGAAAAGGCUUAUUAUUGCUGGAAUAGACUGAUUGAUAUAUUUUCAGUUCAUCCGAGGAUAGUCACGUCGCAAAAGUUAAUCGAACUUCUAGUUAGGCCAUUGUCAACAAAUUUGUCUUUGAAAUGCCCAAAAUUAAAAUUGGAGACUUGGAGCAAUUUGGUACAUAAAGUUGGAUUUGCUUGUGUGAACACGAAGUGCAAACUUGUGAUCGAGCCUUUUAUAGAUUUUGCAUAUUUAAAAGAUAAUGAUUCUCUCUGUCAUUUGUAUCCAUUAGACUGCAUUGUAGCUUUUCGAGAUAUCGUCAAAGAAAAAAAACUUUAUAAGUUUUGCGUUACAAAAAUUAUGUCAGCUUUAUUAACAGUUUUUGAAAGUGGCCGUUCAGAUGAUUUAAAUGAGUACAUCAUUGAAAUUUGGACUGCACUAAUAGAUAAUACUAAAGACAUAGAAAAAGCAAAUGUGAAUGAUUACAUUACAGAACUUAUUAAUAAGAUUCCUCAGAUUAUACAGCUUGAUAGACCUGGGUUGAACGAUGCUAUAAUUAAAGUCACCCUUGAAAAGAAACUUUUCUGCUCAGAAAACAUGAAGAUGUUUAUAUUAGCUCAAGUACCAAUCAUGCCAAUCAUUUCAAGUUUCAUGAGCCAUUGUGAUUUUCAAAAGAACUUUUUUUUGCCAAUUGUGGAUAAUCUGUUGGAAUACUUUUUGGAAGCUCAGAAUAAAAAAUCUCAAAGUUCCGUCGAACUGGAAAUUUGGGAUCUUAUGUGUGAAGUAUUCAUUCUUUGGCUAAAAAGAUUGCCGCUUCCUCAGGAAUCAUCCGCAAUCGAUGUGGAACUACUGUGCUCAUUACUAUUGGUUCCAUUACUUUCUAAGCAAUGGUCAGUGCCUGUUCAAAAGACAUGGAAUUCUGUUUUAGAAUAUACUCAAAUAAUUGUGCCAUCUAACAAUUAUUUAUCACAAUUUAUUGAUAAAUUCUAUAAAGAAUUGAGUGAAUCUCAUAUCAGUGCUGAAUUCUCUGUGGAAUUUUGUACUUUUUUAACAAACAAAGACAAGUCAGUGUUUAAAUCGUUGAUGCCCACCUUCAAUUUUAUUUCUAAAAGUUUACCCAGCAAAGAUCCUAAACCUCUGAUGGACCUACUGGUUUUAAUAGAAAACUCAAUUAAGUAUGUUCCGAAGCAAGAAUUAAUUAAGUUAUUGACAGAGUUAAUGAGUAACAGUAAUUCAUAUGGACAGCCAUAUGAUCUCCGAAUUAAAACAAAGAUUACUAAACUUCAAAGGAAAUUAUUUACAUUAAAAGAUCCAAAUGAAAGUAGUAGUAAGGAGCAGGAUGGUCAGCAAUCUAAGAGUCAAGAAAAGGAACAACAGAAUGGUCAGAAAACCCGCUCUCCCUUAAUGGCCCAUAGCAAUUUUCUGCAUAGGCUUGCCAAAGCCGAGGAGAAAAAAGUAAAAAAGAGAGCCAGCAUGUCUUCCAUUUUCGGAGACAUCCAUCAAAAUGAAGAAGUAGAGACUUCCAGUCCUGAAAGAAGUGGUGAGCAUAAAUCUCCAAAGCUGUUAACACCAAAGCCAUCUCCUCUCAAUCAUGCACCAAUUGAUGGGAAAGAUAGCAAAAAUGAUGUAAAUAAACCAGAAGUAAAAGAAGUUGAAGAAAAGAAGUUACCUAUUAAACAGACGCCUGUUACUGACAAAGAUACUAAAAAUGAUCCUAAUAAAGAAGAAGUUAAAGUAAAAGAAAGUGAAGAAAAAAAGUUACCAUUAAAUGGCAGAAGCAGCCCUGCCAUCCCUGCGGUGGUGACUGUUGUUACCACUCCGAAUAGGAAAAGACCAAUUAAGCAGCCUGAAAUAGUGCUUUCUCAAGAGUCAAAGAAAUCAAUUCCUAAACCAACUCCUCCGCCUCCAUCAUAUUUCGAUGAUGAAGCAAUGGAUUAUGUAAUUGUUCCUCCAAAACCAAAAAGUACACCACUAACAGAGCAUCAGAAGGAAAUGAUGUCAAAGAGGAGAUCUGAUAUUCCUGCUUUAUACCAAGAUUUGUCUCAAGAUACCCAAUCAAUGAAUAGCCAAAGCAUCAAAGAAAUCAUCACAUUGAAAGAAAUUAAAUUAAAUGAUACGGCUAAGUCAUCAGAUGUAAUAACUUCCAAAGAUGAUGAAACUAAUAACACCUCUAUGAAGACUGAUGAAGAAAAUAAUAAGAAAGAACAAACUGAAAAAGUAUCGAUUGACAAUGGUGUUGUAGAUAAAAUUGGCGAUGAUUCUCAAGAAAUAAUUAAUGUCACCCAGCCAACAUUUGAUUCGGGUGUUAACCUCUCCCUUACCCCAACCAAGCACAUAGCUGCACUCCCAACUCAGAAGAAUCUUCUCAAUAAAUUUAAUUUACUUGAAAGUGAUGAAAACGGAGAUGUUAAAAAGAUUGAUGAAGAAGAUGAAGUCGAGAAGGAAAAUAAAAUAGUUAACAUUGAGGAAGCUGCUUUGCAAAAAGUCACUCCUAUUAAAAGAAGAUCCUUGAGAAAAAGUACAAACAAGUAUUUUACUAAAAAAGCUGAAGAAACUUCUAAAACCAAAACAAAAAAAGAAAUUUCAGAAUCAACAGUUAAUUCAGAGUUAAUGUCUAAAGGUAAACCAAAAAAGAUUUCAGAAACAGUUGCAAAAAAUGUGGAUAAUGCUUCUUCACUGAAAUUAAAAAACUCUGAUUCACAAGAUAGUUUAAAAGAAUCAGAAAAGAACGAAAGUUCAGAAUCAGAGAGAAAAUGUACGGAUACAGUUGAGGAAUGUUUGUCAAAAAGCUCUCAAGAAAUUACAGAAGAAACAAAAACAUCUAGUAAUCUGUCUGAGACUGAAAAAACUGAUAUUGAACAAAAUGUGAUCGAACAAGUUGAUAAUUCUUCCAAUAAGAUCGAUAAUGAACUUUCUGAAAUUGCAGUGCCUUUAAACAAUACCAUUGAUGAUGAUAAAUUAGAUAAUAUUUCCAGUAAAAGUGAAACAUGUGAAAUGAUGGUUCCUUCUAAAAAUGAUGGUACGGAUUUGCCUGCACAAGCUGUUUCUGUAAUGUCUGCUUCUGAGAGUAUUAAUCUGAAAGAAAUAAAUGAAUCUUCACUUGAGGAAAAUUCUGAAAGUAAAACAAAAAAUAUUGAUGUUAGUAAUAUUGAUAAUUCAAAAGAAACAGGCAGUGCUUCUAUUAAAAUAGAUACUUCUCAGGAAUCGAUGGAUAUUUCUGAAGAGGAAUGUCCAAUUUCAAAUGAAACAAAAAAUAUGAUAUCAGAAGAAGUAUUAAAAACCGAUGUAAAUUCUGAAAGGGGCUGUUCACAAAUUAAGUGUGAUCCUGAAACUGAAAUAAAAUUGAAUGAAUCAGAAAAUGUGAGAAGUGAUGUUGGCAACGAAGGAUCAUCAACUGUAGAACAAUCUAAGGACAGUUUAAAUAAUUGUGAAACUUCUAAUGUUUUAAGUCCCUCCAAUGACAAUGAUGUGAUGAUUGUUGAUGAAUGCAAAACAGACAAUAUUGAAAAUUUGAAUAUCAGCAAUGAAAAUAAUGUUGAUAUCGAAAUAAAAGUAGAAGAGCCGGAGGAUAUUGAUCAUAAUUCUAGUGGAGACUCUGUUGCUGCAAGCUGGUCAAUGGUUACUCCUGAGAAAAAGAGUAGAAAAAGGAAAGUAACAGAAGUAACCAAUGCUGAGAAAUUUAGCCCUAAGUUGCUCAGGAGCAAAAGGCUAUCUUUGACAAAACUUACUCCUGAUAAUUGUUCAGAAAAAAACAAAAAGAACGGUUCCGUUUCAAAGGUUGCUAUGAAAGGUAAUAAGGCAAGUGAAGCUGACACAAUUGUAGUUAAGAAAACGGGUGAAGAUAAGAGAAAGGUUAAAAGAUCAUCUUCAAUAGAAAUAAUUAAUACUGUUGAAACUAAUGCUCAAAAUAGUUCCAUUAAACCUAAUACUCCAGAUAAUAUGGAUUCUAAGACUUCAUCUCCUGAAUCUGAAGUAUCCAGUGAGAGGAAGGCUAGUAAAAGGAAGAAUCCCGAGCAAGUUGUAACUCCACCAUCCAAACCUAAGAGGGCUAAAACUGACUCAGAAGAAGCAAACCAAGAUUCAUUAUCACUUUUGAAGAACAGUACUGUUAAACCUCGAAAGAAAAAAAUUAUUAAAUCUAAUAUAAAGGCUUCGCCUAAUAAUCUGGAGCAAUGGUUGAUUAAAUCAGGAAAAUCUGUUGUAAAAAAAACUCUACUAUCUUCUAAUGAUCAAAAUAAUCUUCAGUCUGAAUCUAAAAUUGUUAACAAUAAUUCUGAAGUUCAAAUUAGUUCUUCUGAACCGAAGAAGAUUAUUGUCGAAAUGUCUCCUGUUCCUAAAGGUAUUGAUAACUCACCUAAAACUUCUGAAGAAAAUGCUACAGAAAUGCAACCUAUUGACGUAAUUACUAUAAAAGAAGAGGAGGAUCUCAUAGAAAUUGAUGUUGUAACUGUUGACGAGGCAGAUCCUGCAAAUCUGAGCAUCUGUGAAGGUAUAUGCACCCCAAUAGUUGAGCCUGAAGUGUCCAAGUCGGUGGCUAUUGAUCCUGUCGACGACAUAGAAACUAUAGAAAGGCAAUUUUUAGAAGCAAUCAAGAGAAGAGCCAAGGAAGAAGAGGAACAAAAUAGUCAGAAAAGUAAGAAAGAUAAUCUCUCAAAACCCAAACCUAAAAGGCGAUCUGAGGAUGAAGAUGAUGAUGAGGAAGAAUUAUUAACUGAAAGUCUGAAAUGUGAUGAAACUGAACUUGAAAGGACCUCGCUCGAACUCGAUAGAAAUAGCAAUGCUUCUCGAGUAAAACUUGAGUCCAUGAUAUAUGCCAAAUACAAAACUACUCUUAGGCGACCUCACAGAAGGAAGAGGCUAUUGAGAAGAGUUAAAAAAUCAGAUGACGAGAAUGAGCUAGAUGAAGAAGUUGAAGAGGAAGAAGAGACGUUUGAAGAGAGAAGGGAGAGGUUGGUAACACCGUUUCGACCUAGUGGCGGGAGGUCAGCUCAGAUGGUGAAAAUGGUGACUUCCGAAGAAGAAGGCCCUCCUGUCACUCCAGUUAGAAGGAAAAGUAUCACACCGCUACAGCUGACCGAGAACUGGCCCGAGGGAAGGUGUGAGCAGUGGGUGCCGUGUGUGCCAACCCCUCCUGGAAAAAGUCCCUCUCUUAGCAUCCUUAAAAGGAAGAUAUCGCCUGUUCCAUCCCCUACUUCUUCACCAAAUAAUAAGAAAAAAAGAGUUAGUUUUCUGGAUCCUCCAGUAUCAAAGGGCUUGCUUUACUCCAAGGGCUCUGAUAAUAUUGGUCAAGUCCAGCACGCUAACAUUCCACCUGGUAAAAAGCCAGUAUGGAAAGGUUUUGAAGGUGAAAUUGAAGAUAAAUCGUCUUCAGAUACAUCGAAAGUGGAAGAAUCGGAUGAAGGGUUUGUAGCGGUAGAAGCCGAAGAUGAACUGACUGCAAUACAAGAGUUCUUGAACAGUACUCCUGAUGCUCCUUGGAAAGACACUCCAUUGGCUGGCGAGAUUUCCAAGAUUCCAGGGAUACUCUCUUGUUCUGACCCAGUUCACAAUAUUAUUUCAAGAAUUGCUUCACCUGGAAGUGAGAAAAUGUUAUCAGAGGAAUUGCUAAAGUUGAAAAUAAAUACUAUCGGAGGUUUUUGUUCAUUGACAGUUUCGGAUAUUAUGAAACUAAGUAUUCGACCAGCAAAAGUAUCCACUCUCUACAAUGUACUUAAGGAUUACUUUCAAUGCCAACCAUCUAGCAGUAAGAAGUCUCCAAAAGUCAAACUGCCAGAGGACUCGCCAAAAUCAUUAGAAGAUGGUGAAAAAAUGGAUUUUGUCGAAACUCAGAUUGAAAUUACUACUUUAGGCAUUGAGAUGGGUGUACAAGUUGAUCCUUCCGAGAUAUGUAGCGAUGACACAUUUACUUUCUCCCAGAUGAGUCAAAAGACAUCUCAAAAUACUCAAGAUUUAAUUUUGACUCCUCCUGUAGUCAGGGAAGUGGAAUUGUAUUCAGAUUCUCAAGAAGAUAUUAAAAUACCGACCCGUGAUGAAAUUGGAUUAAUGUUCCAAAGUGAUGUGUUUGUAAAAAGGGCUGCACCUUUUGUAACUUUUAAUUUCUUAAGUAAACUUUCUGCUGCUGCUGCUGAAUACUUCAGAUCUAGACCAGAUUAAUUGAAUGUCUUGUGUCCGUAUUGCUUUUUAUGUAAGGUGUGUAUAGUUAUAUAUAUAUCUAUAUUUUUAUAUAUUGAUGCAAAAUGUGUAAAUGAAUUAAUUAUGUUUAUAUAAUGAAAAACAAAAUCUAUACAGUUGGCAUUAUACUGUGCAGUGCGUUCGUGUGUAUUAUAGACUUUUAUGUGGAACCCGUUAUUUUAUUUAUCUUUUUUUUAUUGUAUAGUUUUUAAUUAAACUUUUUAUUACCAUUUGAUUAUUGUUUAUACAUGUAUAUUUAUUUUAGAAAGUAAAAUGUUCUGUAAUUUAUCUUUUUGUACAUUUUUUUUUUAAAGUAUUUAUUUUUAGAAUAUUAAAAAGCAUAAUAGGUUUAGAAAGAUUUUAAAAAUAAUUGUGAACUAAAACCAGGGACUGAACCAAACAGUUAUCUGUUAUUUUACC